AUGGAAGCGGUGAGUGUUUUCCUGUAGUUUGAAGUUGUGAAUUGAGUUUAACAUGUUGCAGAGCACCUCGAAAACUGGUAUAAUGUUCUAUGAAAUCGCCGCAGAGCAGUCAGGAGUAGGAAAAUCGAAUUUCGAUAUUCCCGAUAGUUUGCUAGGGCCAAUUGUAACAUCCUUGGAUCCAUGCGCGAUUAAUAAUUUGCUAUAUGCUAAUAUCGAUUGGAAUAUCGUUGAAAAUCGCCUGCAAAUCAAGAAAAACAUUCCGAAGAUUGAGAUCUCUUCCACAUCAAUUUUUGAAGGCGAAGAAAAUGAUAACACAUCAGAAGGAAGUCGCUCAAACUUUGGAACACCGUUGUAUUUUUCGGAUAAGUAUUUGGCCAAGAAAAGCACACCAUAUCGAAAUUCACCGCAUGAAGAAGUCAUCGAUAUAAAUAAUUUCGAUCAAAUACAAGACAAUUUUAAUGCGAAAGAGAAAGAAAAAUUGAUUGAAGACUUGGUAGAUCUUGUAAGAUCUAUCAGAAAAUGUAUGUUCACAAAAGUUGUUCAAAAAUAUCUGUCAAAUUAAAUUUCAGACAAAGAUCCCGCCUUAUCAACAUCUAUCGUCUCUUGGAUAAACCCUGAAAACAUCUCAAAAAUCUCGCAACAAAUCGUAAUUCUACUCUCUUAUCUACCUGGUAUUCUAUCAAGCGAUGAACUUGUUCAUGGAUUUCUUUUCGAAAAUGGUCCCGAAAUUCUAAAGGCGAUUCUGGCAGAUUUGCCCGAGAUGCGAUUUUCGAUUUUGAAAUCACUUUUGAAAAGUUUUGGGCAUGGAAAGAGAAAUGAAAUGCGGAUGGGAGUUAUUGAAAAUGUAGGAUUUUCUCAUCCCUUCUCUCCCUAAUGAAUUAUUUUCAGAUUUUGCAAAACGACCCAAGCCUAGCUGAAAUUGUCAUCGAAAAGCUCUCCAAAAACCGUUUCGAUACAAAUUUCGUGUGUCGAGUUGCUGUAAAUCAUCUAGAAGAUGUGGAUUUCAUCAAAUUCCUCGAGCCUCUUCUCACCGAUCGUCAAAGCUUUCUCUCAGUUCUCGUAACUCGUUCGGGAGGUCGUAAAAUUCUUCCGAAAAUCAUUGAGAAACUGCUGAAAAUUGUUAGAAACGUUAUGAUGGCUGAAAAUGUUCAAGAAUCGGAAAUUUCGCGGCCACCCUGGUGCACACGAUUGGCGUAUUGUUUGGUGGAAUUAUUGAUGAGUUCGGGUGAAACGUGGAAGGAUGAUGAUAUGGUUUUGAUUACGAGAUUCGUUUUUCGAACCGGAAUUGAGGAUUUUGGAGUUGUGGGAGAAGCUGAGGAGGGACGAGAUAGGACAAAUACUGAAGAAUUGAUGGAGACCGGAAGCUUUUUGUGAGUUUAACUUGUUUGCAUUGCGGCUAAUGAUUUUCAAAGUGACCUGUGACGUGGCAAUUCGACUCAUUUCUGAUUUGAAAAAUUUCUGAAAAAAAUUGGAAAUGAUAUUUUUCAAACGUGACCUAGCAAAUUUUCACUGUUUCAAAGAAUUUAUAAUUUUUUUCUUCAGAAAAAUCGACAAUUUUUCUUUCAUUCCAGUACUUGUUUGCUUCUAAAAAUUGAAUUGUAAUUUUCAUUUUGAAAAAGAAAUUUUUAAAAAAAGUUUUCACUGUUUCAAAAAAUUUUAAUAAUUUUUAUGAAAGGUUUUAGAAUAUUCCUGGAUUUAUAUAAGAGUCCUAAAGAAAAAUUACACUGUUUCAAGAAAUUCAUAAUUUUCUGAAGGAUUUUUUUGUCAAAUUGGUGUUUUUUUAUAUGUAUAUUGAAAUGAAAUUACAAAAUUCGUAUUAUUCAAAAAAAAAAGAACACCCUAAAAAUGUCACUGUUUCAAAGAAUUUAUAAUUUUUUUCAUUCAAAAAAAAUCGACAAUAUUCCGGUGUUUCAAUCCUGAUUUGAUUCUAAAAAUUGAAUUGUAAUUUUCAUUUUGAAAAAUAAUUUUUGAAAAAAGUUUUCACUGUUUCAAACAAUUAAAAAAAUUUUUGAUAAUUUUUAUGAAAGGUUUUAGAAUAUUCCUGGAUUUAUAUAAGAGUCCUAAAGAAAAAUUACACUGUUUCAAGAAAUUCAUAAUUUUCUGAAGGAUUUUAUGAUUUCAAUGUAAUUGGUGUUUUAUCUGUAUAUUGAAAUAAAAUUACAAAAUUCGUAUUAUUCAAAAAAAAAAGAACACCCUAAAAAUUUCACUGUUUCAAAGAAUUUAUAAUUUUUUACUUCAGAAAAAUCGACAAUGUUGCGUUAUUUCAGUAGUGAUUUGCUUCAAAAAAUUGAAUUGUAAUUUUCAUUUUAAAAAAAGAAUUUUUAAAAAAAGUUUUCACUGUUUCAAGAAAUUCAUAGUUUUCUGAAGGAUUUUUUGUCUAAUUGGUGUUUUUUUAUCUGCCUUUUUAAUAAUAUUGAAAUAAAAUUACAAAAUUCGUAUUAUCCAAAAAAAGAAGAAAAAAACCCCAACAAAAACAAAAAUAAUUUCUUUUCAGAAGUCUAACCGAUUUGGAUGAUUCAAUAGUAGCCGAUUCAGAAGACGAAUCCAACAAUCAACCCUCCAAACCGAUUCUUCGCCGAAUUCGCGCCGAAAAUGAGCCGCGACUCGCUUGCUCCCCAUUCGGCGAUGCUCACGAAACCUUCAUCCUCGCAUCUUUAGUGGCCGUCCCAUUCUUCACCCAAUUUCCACCAAAUCAAACCGCUGCUGCUCAACCGCCAGAUCGCGCUGUUGAUGAUUGGCUCGACGCGGCUCGCCGGCGAACCAUCGACUGGUCACACGGCACUUUUGGCGCCAAUUUAUUGUAUGUUCAUUCGUGUAUUAUGUGUGGACGAAUUGAGGACCUGGCCAAGUUUGCCAGCGAAAUUCUUCGAAGAAAAGUUGAGAUCUCACAGAGGAAUUCGAUGCAUGCGCAAGUCCUCAAAAACACUUUUUUGUCACGAUGUUUGAGUGAACAGGAAGUGGCAAAUCGCAGUAUUGGACAAGCAAUCACUCCGAGAUUCAGUGAGAAAUCAAGGGGAAGAAGUUCGAUCUUCUCGAUGGCUGCACUUCAAGCCGCUGGAGUUUUCCGAACUUAUCAGAUCAAUAUUGCUGAUUGGAUCGAACGACAAUUGCAGAAUGUGACAUUUCCAGCAAGUGAGAUUCUUGCAGAAGUUGUCGAAGUUUUUGCGAGUAAUACUGCGGCUUUCAAAACACCUGGACUUAGCCUAUCUUUUGUUGAAUCCACUUUUGAUAAUGAUAAUAAUGGAAUGUUGGAGCAGGAAAAUCUCACACAAAAGCUCUUUGUGUUGCUUUAUCUUUUGAGUUAUCGCGAGCAAUAUCAGAAAAAUGAGCCGAGUUUGAAGGGAAUUAUCUAUGGGGAAGAGGUUUAUACGAAAUUGCCGUUGAGAUAUUUGUUGACUGUUAUGGAGACGAGACAUCGCGAUUUUGAAAAUUUUAGAUUUAGGCUGGUGAGGUUUUGGGGAGGGGUAAAAAACUAGAUAAUAAACAUUUUGGAGAAUCGUUCAAUUAAUAAAUUUUAAAAAAUUCCUAUUUUUCCAUAUAAAAUAUUUGAAACAGUGUAUUUUUGGACUCUUUUUUCCAGCUGAAAAUUUUGAAUUUUCUACCAAAAAAUUCCAUAAAUUAUUUUCACUGUUUCAAAAAAUUUAUCAAUUUUUUGAGGGGUUUUUCAAAAUAUUUCUUGGCAUCUUGAUUUCCUGGAUUUUUAAAUAUUUUUUUCCACUGUUUCAAAAAUCUGAUAAAUCUUUGAUGAUGUUUUUCAAAGUUAAUAUUUCCUGGAUUUUUAAAUUAUUUUUCCACUGUUUCAAAAAAUUUUCAAUUUUUUCUUCAGAAAAAUCAGUACUGAUUUCGCUUCAGAACUGAAUUGUAAUUUUCAUUUUGAAAAAUAAUUUUAAAAAAAGUUUUCAUUUUUUUUAAAAAUUUAAAUAAUUGUCAAAUAUGAAGGAUUUUACAAUAUUAUUUGAUUGGAAUGAAAGUCCUAAAAAAAUUACUGUUUCAAGAAAUUUAUAACUUUCUGAAGCACUUUAUGAUCUAAUCGGUGGUUUUUAUGAAAUUCAUAUUAUUUAAAAAAGAACACUUUAAAAAUUUCACUGUUUCAAAGAAUUUAUAAUUUUUUUCUUCAGAAAAAUCAGUACUGAUUUGCUUCAGAAAUGAAUUGUAAUUUUCAUUUUGAAAAAGAACUUAAAAAAAAGUUUUCACUGUCUCAAAAAAAUUUGAAUAAUUGUAAUGGCGGAUUUAGAAUAUUGUUGUAUUCGAAUGAGAGUUUAAAAAAAAUCACUGUUUCAAGAAAUUCAUAAUUUUUUGAAGGAUUUUUUUUCUAAUUGUUGUUUUUUCUUACUUGCUAAUUGAAACAAAAAUACAAAAUUCAUAUAAUUCAAAAAAAGAACACCCAAAAAAUUUCACUGUUUCAAAGAAUUUAAAUAAUUUUCUGAAAGAUUUCACAGUUUCAGUCGGAUGUGUUGCAGUGUUCCGAAAAAAAUCCAGGGUUUCGAAACUCUAUAGAACUGACACUUAAAUUUUGGGUUGUGUUGAUGUGUUGUAAUCGCACAGUUGGAUUAAAAUUAAUUGAGAAAGUUGAUAAAUAAUCAACACGAAAUCUAUUCGAGAAUUGAACAACUUCCAGAAAAUCAGGCAAAAAAUUAUUUUAAAAAUUUCACUGUUUCGAAAUAUCGAUGACUAUCUUGGGGAAUUCGCGAAGUUCAGUAAUCUUAAUUGCAAACACUAUAAUAUAACAAAAUUUCGCGAAUCAAAAAUUCUAUGCUUUUUUUCAGAUCUCAAGAGCCGCCAAUAUUUUCCCAUUCACGAUGCCAACUGCAAAAUCGAUGGCUCUAAUUUCAAAAUUCACACCGGCCACCAAAAAUUCGCCAAUAAAAACAAAAACAUCUCUCAAAUUGGAACUCGAAUUUCUGGAAAGAACGAGUUUGGAGAAUCAAGUAUCCGCAAUUCCGAUGGUUUUGGAUAUGUUUAUGGAAACUUUGAAAGGCGAUGUUGAGGAGAAAACAUUGGAUAUUAUUGUGGCGAUGUUUGAGAAAUAUGAUCAGAUAUGUCCCAGAUUGCUUUAUGAGGUGAGGAAGGUUUUUUUUCGAGCCAAAAAUGCACACUUUUGCUUGAAAUUCAAUAAUUUUCCAAAUAUAUCUAACAAAAAAAAAUUCACUGUUUCAAACAUUCUUGAAUAAAUUGUUAGUUUUUCGAACGCCAAUUAAAAAAUUACAACAAAAUUGAGUAUGAAAACUAAUGGAUCAAUUCAUCUGAAGAAAAAAUGAAUUUCGCGACAUUUUUUGUCGCGAAAUUGCAAUUCGUCAAACGACACGAAAUAAACACAAAAAUAAAGGAGAAAUAUUAAAGGGACACGUAAUCGCUGCGAGACCCAACACACGAAAAAAGAAUUUCCUCUUUUCUUUUAUUAAUUUCGUGUCGUUUCGCGAAUUGCAAUUUCGCGACAAAAAAUGUCGCGAAAUUCAUUUUUUCUUCAGAUGAAUUGAUCCAUAACUAAUAUUUUUCAAUAGAUUUUGUAACCGAAAAAUCUACUGUUUCAAAAAAUUUACGUAUUUUUGUUUGUAAUUUUGGAUUUGAUAAUCUCGUUGCAAAUUUUUUUGAAACAAAUUUCUGUUAAAAAAAAUCCACUGUUUCAAAAAUAUUUUUGAACAUUUUUUCGGUUUUUACUUCUUGUUCACGGGAAAUUUCUUGUUUACAGGAAAAAGCUUCUAAUUUUAUGUUUAUAUUUUUCAAUGGGAACCCCGCUUCAAAAUGUCACUGUUUCAAAGAUUUUUUAAGAUGUCACAUUCUAAUUGUAGUUUUAUUAAACAAUUAGUUUUAUUGUAUGUUUAUGUGAAAAAUAGUGCAUGGAAAAAAGUCAUUAAAAAUUCACUGUUUCAAACAUAUUUGAAUAAUUGGUUAGUUUUUCGAACGCCAAUGAUUUAACAAGUUGUUCGUUUUAUCACAAUGAGCGAAUUCAAAAUCUUAGCAGAACAUAAUUAAUAUUUUUUUAAUAAUUAUGUAACCGAAAAAUCUACUGUUUCAAAAAAUUUACGUAUUUUUGUUUGUAAUUUGGAUUUGAUAAACCGAUUCAGCUUUUCUUGAAACAAAUUUCGAUUCGAAAAAAAUCCACUGUUUCAAAAAUAUUUUUGAACAUUUUUUCGGUUUUUACUUCUUGUUUUUGGUUAAUGUACUUUAAGGUUCAUAUCUAUUUUUUCAAGGAAAAUCCCGCUUCAAAAUGUCACUGUUUCAAAGAUUUUUUGAGAUGUCACAUUCCUACUGUAGUUUUCGUUUAAUUGUAUGGUUAUGUGAAAAACAGUGCAUAGAAAAAAAUCAUCGAAAAUUCACUGUUUCAAACAUUCUUGAAUAAUUUUUUAGUUUUUCGAACGCCAAUGAUUUAACAAGUUGUUCGUUUUAUCACAAUGAGCGAAUUUAAAAUUAUAACAGAACAUAAUUAAUAUUUUUUAAUAAUUAUGUAACCGAAAAAUCUACUGUUUCAAAAAAUUUACGUAUUUUUGCUUGUAAUUUUGGUUUUUGAUAAUCUUAUUCAGCCUGUUCUGAAACAAUUUCUACUCGAAAAAAUCCAUUGUUUCAAAAUUAUUUUGAACAUUAGCUAUGGUUAUAUGAAAAACAGUACGUAGAAAGAAGUCAUCAAAAAUUCACUGUUUCAAACAUUCUUGAAUAAUUUGUUCAGUUUUUCGAACCCCAAUCAUUUCUUUGUUUAGAAUUAGCCAAUUAAAAAUUAGAGCAGAACAUUGGGUAUUUAUGAAACUUAAUUAUUAUGUGUUUUUCAAUAGCUUUUGUAACCGAAAAAUACACUGUUUCAAAAAAUUUACGUAUUUGUGUUUGUAAUUUUAGUUUGAUAAUUCAAAUGUUGUUGAAACAAUUUCUACUCGAAAAAAUCCACUGUUUCAAAAUUAUUUUGAACAUUUUUUCGGUUUCCACAUCUUUUGGUUGAAGUUCUACUUUUAUAAUUAUAUAUUUUUUUCGCUUCAAAAUUUCACUGUUUCAAAGAUUUUUUGAGAUGUCGCAUUAUAACUGAAGUUUUGCUGAAUACUUCGUUUAAUUGUAUGGUUAUGUGAAAAACAGUGCAAAAAAAUUCACUGUUUCAAAAAUGUCUUGAAUAAUUAGCUAAUAUUUUGAACUCCAUUGCAUUAAUCUUAGAUUUCUCAAAAAUCCCAUUAAUUUUCCAGACCGCUGCUCUAAAAUGGCUGUCCUCUGAUGAAUCGAUCCAAAUUGAAGAUCUCUACAAAAUCCCGGCUCUUCUUUUCCGAUGCGAUCGUCGAAUCCUCAAUUCUCCCGAACAUUUUCAAUGUUUCAUCAAAGCUCUCAAUUUCUUUUCGGUCGCUGUUCGCUCAGAUCUACGCCUCAAAAUGAUGAUGUCAAAUGCCAAAUUCAUGUCGCUAAGUCAACAUCAAAAACAAAUCAAUGAAAAUGAGCGAAAAGAAAAAGAGCAUUUGACACUGUCUUUCAUCGAUUCCCAACACAGUGUUGUGAUUCAUGCGUUGAUUGAAGUUUGUGAUGAAAAACGGAUGAAAGAUGAUCCGAUGGAUUUUGAAAUGAUUGAGAAGAGGAAGAGAAUUGCCAGAAUUGCUUGUGAAUAUAUGCAUCGAGUUUUUAUUGAUUUUGAAGGAUUGUUGAAAGUUGUUCUUUAUCAGGUAAGGUUUUUUGUUUUAUUUUCCUUUGUAAAAUAAAUACCGGAAAAAAUACGCUUCAAAAAAUUUUCUUCUGUUUUCCAAUCACACUCAAACUAAUAUUUUGGUAAAUUUGAUCCAUAAAAAAACAGAAAUAUUUAGUGAAUCUCUGAAGUUGGCCUAACUUUGCCGCUUUGUGGAAGAUCCAAUUUCUGAACCCUUUAAAAUCCACAAAAUUUCCCUCACAUCUCCUAUUUCUCCUCAGAAGUUCCCAAUCCAUCAAAUCCGUGUUCUCGUCGAAGGAAUUCCAUCGCUCUUCACAGCCAAUGCUUAUAUCACUGAAAUGUUGACCCUUGUCGACCCGCAAAGACGAAUUUUCGCCGUUGUUUUGGCGUCGGAGCUCUGUCGAAAAUAUCGAGUUCGAGAAACUCUUGAAACCGCUCGAAUCGUAUGCGAUUUUGUGCAUUCACUUCAGAAAUAUGGAGAAUUGCCGAGCUCCAAUCAAUUGUGGAAACAUAUUGUGCCGGCCAUGAUCACUUUUGCUACCGUAUGCUUUUUUUGGGGGAGGGUUUUGGGCUGGACAUUUGAAAUUUUGAAAAUUAGGCUUGUUGAAAAUUUCGGAUUUGAAAAAAAUUUGAAAAUUCAAAAAUUUGGUGCUCAAAAAUCUAUUUUAAUAUAAUGUUUUAAGUGAUAAAAAUUCGUUGAAAAUUCAGUUUUCCAGUUAAAGAAUUUUCGGCUCUAUCUCAAUAUAAGGGUCCCAAAAUAAUAUAAGGGUCCGUUAUCUGUUUUGAGGGUCCCAAAAAAUAUGAGGGUCCGUGAUUUUUUUCAUAGGUCUGAUUUUUUUGAUUUUUGGAGGAAAAAAUGUGUUUUGUAAAAAAAAUCACCAAAAAUAAAUAAUUGAAAUUAGAAAAAAACUUUUUUUGAUGGACCUUCAAAAAAAAUAACGGACCCUUAUAUUUUUUGGGACCCUUGAACAAAAUUACGGACCCCUAUAUUUUUUACGGACCCUUAUAUUUCCAUGGGACCCUUAUAUUGUGAUAGAGCCGAAUUUUCAUCGAAAAUUUUGCACCCAAAAAUUUUUCAUGAUUUUUUUGAAACAGUGUUUUUUUAAUUAUUGAAUUUACAAGUGAGCAGCAUUUUGGAAAUAAUCACAAUGAAAAUUCAUGUUUUCUUCGAAACAGUGCAUUUUCUCUAUAAAUUCAGAAAAUUACAGUUUAUUGGGACACAAUCCAACCAUCAGAGCUUUUUGGGAUCCAAAAAUAAUCAUGAGUUUUUUGAAACAGUACAUUCUUUUCGGUUUUAGGUCUUCAAAAAUAGUUGAAUUCUAUAGAUAUUUUACGUGAAUACUAAAAAAGGGAAUCACACUUUUCUAAUUCCAAAAAAAUUCAUCUUGAUGAAAAUUCGUUGAAAAUUUAAAAAUGUACAUUUAUGACUCAAAAAGUAUGAAAAAACCCUCCUCACAAGCCUAAAUUUCGCUCCCAAAAUCCCAUAUUUUUUCCAGGAAUUCCCGAGUCUAACCGAUUGCAUUGGCCGUCUUUUGAGCCGAGUUUUGGCGAAUACUCGAAAUCGAAUCGCAGUUCGAUAUGGAAUUUUGGCCGGCGAUCCGAAACACGAAGAAUACGAACUUAUUCGAACUAUUACCACGUUUUUUGAGAAAACACAAAUUGUGGAAUAA